UAAUAUAAAAACAAAUGCGUUACAACAAAUGACAUUUGAACUUGGCUUCUCACUACCAUGUUCCUUGAAAACGUGCUGCUUUUAUCACUUCCUCUCAUUGUCACUGCAUAUCCUAUCAACGUUCUCAACUCGUCUGGCAGCGCAACGACUUUUGCAGUCUUGCUCGCUGUAGCUCUUUCUGUCACUGUUCUGGUCCUCACCAAAUUUCUGUAUAUGAGAUACAGACGAUCUCAUGUUUCGUACAACUUCUCCGAUUGUUCUCUUAAAUCCUCUCAGCGAUCUACGACUUCAUUCUUUUACAAUUCUGAAAAACUCGUUAAGCCUGGCAAGGCUGCCUUUCUUGUUGGCUUCUUCGGUUCGCCCUCCUGGGAAACCAGUGUGAAGACCUUGUACGAUGGACCUUCUGUUUACUCGAAUCAACUUCAAUUUCAAUCUCGCCGAAGCCAGAAAUUUGCACGCCGUACUUCUCGUUUUUCUAUCAGCGAGUUUGGUGGACUGAGACGCUCUACUCGCUAUUCGGACACGAGCGACAGCCGUGCUCUUUCAAACACUUUGGUCGCGCUGUCACAUCCACCUCCGCAUUCCUACGCCUCAUCGCCGACAUAUCCUGCUGACGCACGAACCAACUCGUCUGGUCGGCGCUAUUCUCUUCCAGUAACGCGUCAAAUGCAUCCAGAACAUCCUAAUGAUCGUCGUAGGAGACCUUCUAGUCUCAAGAGCUCAAGGAGUCAUAGAUUUGAUUCGCUACCUAUUCCAGGAUUGAGGCUUGUCAAUUUGGUAAAUAACAACCCAGAUCUUCUCCAUCAAACUUCGUUUUUAGACUUUGAACCCUUUUCGCCUACUCCUUCGUCAAUGCAUUCUAGGUCAAAAUCCAAAUCCAGUCGCGCUUCAAGUUGUAUUCCUCCUUUGCCUCCCUUGCCAGCCUCAGUCUUGUUGUCUCCACUUCCAGAUCUACCAGAAUCCAUCUCAAACGAGGGUAGAAGCUACAUCUCAAGCCCAUACGCCUUGUCUCCUAAACAAACUUCUCUCAAUGAAAUCAAACUGUCUCCCGUAAUACCUGGCGCGGACACUGGGAUGACUAUCACUCGCCGUCCUUCGCAAACUUCUGGCACCCUCCCGCGCAUUAAAGCUCAACCUAGUCGAUCGCCCUCCCUCCGAAGUCGAAAGAGUCCUAUAGUCGGACCUUCUCCGCUAAGGAUCGUCACUCUCCCGGAAGGUUCACUAGCGAAUCUCAAUAAAGAAAUAGACAAAGACCUUCUACCUUCCAUCCCUAGCCUUUCCUCAAGCACCGGUUCUGCCACCGCACCUGCAUCUCACGCUGGAGAAUGGUCGAAACAUCAAAAUUAUGCUGAUCUGGGAAUUGGCUAUCCAUCUUCUUGGGGUCUAGGGCUGGGGCUAGAGGAAGGAGGGACGUCUCAAAUACAAUCCGAGAUCGUUUCCGAGAAUCGUUCCAGUGUUCCUUGUAGACUGUCCCAAGCUGCUUCCACUCAAUCUCAAAUGCCUUCUUCCCCUGAUGCGGAUGCAAUGCUUGGAAUUAUUCAGGAACUCGUAGAAGAGACGAGUCAGUGGGAUGACAGUUUGUUUAUGGAUACCAGUUUUAAGGCGUUGAUCGAGAACUCCCGGUCGACCUCUUCCGACUCUCCAUUAUCAUCAUCGAAAUCAUCUCAUCACUCUCAUCAGCCGUCUGGACCCAGAGAAGUAGCGCCUCCUGUUCCAAGUCCUCCAAGCAGCAGAAGCAGCAGCGACUCUGCUAGGCCCAGGACACAUUCAUCCAGCUCAGUAACAUCAGCGAAAUCCAAAGCCCCCUCUAUAGCUGUUAAUGGUGCGGCGGUUACCAGAGCCCCUGGCAACACUUCCAGCCCCCGCAAUUCUAGCACCAUCGGUACAGAGCGCAAACUCAGUCCUAAAUCAAUCUUGAAGAAAACUCUCAUGAUGCCUUCGCGUUCCGUCGAGUUUGAGCUGGGGUUGGUCGGGCUCGAUGCGGUGAGGAUGGAAAACUUUAGGAUGAGUGCGUAUGAGAGUCCGAGGUUGCAUGGGGGUGGAUAUGAUGAACCCAUUGUAGACUAUGUCAUGCAUAUACCUACUAUGCCUGGGGCAUAUGAACAUGGGUCUGUUUUGACUCCGUUACAAGAGAUUAGUGAGGAGCAAGAGCAGGAAGCUGAGCACGUGCAAGUUGUGCAAAGGGAAGUUCAAGAUGUAGGCCUGGCUUGGUAACCCAUGUGUGCGCGCAGUUCCGAUAGCAAACCGUUUUUUGAAUCAUCGCCUUUACUUUGUCUCUCUCUGUCUCUUACCAAAAGUUUUUACUCUGUUCAAAACUUUGACAUUAUUCAUGACAAUCAUCUGUCUUUCUGCCUUAUCGAACCGUUCAAUCGUUACUGUACCGCCAGCGGAUCACUCUGGGAAGCAACC